GCCUUCAGUGUUAGUAAUGAGCUCAGACGAUCCACACCGUCUCGACUUUCGGCUUCCACAACCUCCUCGUUUCUCUCAGUCACUUCCCAGACAUUAAUCGACGCGGACAUCGCGGACGAUUCGUACAGCUUAGAAUGUCUUUGACCAAGUUCAUUUUCAUCCACGGAGGAAGUUAACGUUGGGGGAGAUUUGUCGCGUUGGGAGUUAGGCGUCACAGCGUCAGAAGCCGGAUAAUGGAGUACCUCCUGCGCGCGUGGAGUGGGAAGUGUGAUAGGUCUGUUUAUACCGGACUGGUGCGUCAGCGGCGAUGCAUCACCUGUGUCCUUCGCUCAUGUUGAGGCUCCACCCACAGGACUCCCACAGGAACCUCCGGCAGGCAGGUGCUGGCUGUCCAGGUGUUACGAGUCUGGCAUUUCCCCGCGUGACACCCGAUGGGAGAGGAAUCCCGCGAGUUAGUAAACGGGGCAACACCUCAGGCUAUUAUCAGUAUUGUGGUGAUAACGGCGGGGGGACACGGCUGUGUCUGCUUGGUUCCCCCCUGUGACGGCCAGUGUGUCGGCGGUGGUGCUGUUGGGUGUUGUGUUAAAGUGCUCCUGGCUCACUCGCUAAUGGUGUAAUAUAAGGUGUCUGUGACAAUGUUCUCCCUGCAUUGUCACGUGUCUGGCAUUGUUCGGUAAACCCCCGGGACAAUAGCGGCUCACUUCAUCUGUCCAGUAGUGUAUGGUGAACCUCAGAAGAGUACCGGUAUAUUGUCACGUGUCCAGUAGUGUAUAGUGACCCUCAGAAGAACACCGGUACAUUGUCACGUGUUAAGUAGUGUAUAGUGACCCUCAGAAGAACACCGGUACAUUGUCACGUGUUUAGUAAUGUAUGGUGAACCUCAGAACAACACCGAUACAUUGUUUUGAAUCCAGUGGUGUAUUUUGUGAUCACGUGACGUGUUAUACCAAAGAUUGUACUGGCGGCAGACACAACUGUACUCACGUAGUUAUGCUUGCGGGGUUUGAGCUUCAGCUCUUUGGUUCCGACUGCCAAUAAAGUGAUGUAACUCUGUUGUGAUGCUGUAGCGUGCAUCAUCCUGGCCUUCACCAAUACAUAGCAGUGUCUUACACCCAUGGAAUUUAAAUAAAGAGCAUUCAGCGACAGUGGUAUCCAGCACGGGCCAGGAUUGACUGUUUCUAUGAGCUCAGUGGUGUCUGCCUGAGAUGGUUGGCGCAACACGUCAACAGUCCUGUGUGUGUGUAGGGAUCUUGUGUACAUAAACCACACCAGGGCGUGUGCAGCUGGGCGACAGGUGUCCGUCGCUUUGUCAGUCGGAUCAUCGGGUAUCGAAACACAUCCCCAUGAAGUAUUAUUAGCGGGAAAUUAUUAAGUGAUAAUAAAAGAUGGAGUGGAGCCAAGACCUGGAGGGAACAAAAAUGAGGGAGACUAAGGACAACGUAGAGAUGAUGGAAACUGAAACGGAAGUGGCUGAGGAGGAAGAAUAUAUGAGUGAGGGGGAGGCCGAGGAGGAAGAUAUGACUGAAGAAGUGUUGGUAGCUCAUAUGGGAACCGAGAGGGUAAAGUGUUUUGUAUGUGCCAGUGAUGCCAAGAACAGGCGACGCCGCAGACAGCGCUCAGAUGAACUGAUUGACUACUAUUACGAUGAAACAUAUUAUUACCCACGUAAGCGCAGGUGUUGUUGCUGUCGCUGGUGGAUCCUUUUGGCGCUGAUGCUGCUGUUUCUGAGCAUUCUACUGGCUGUGUUGGCGUGGUGGGACGUGGUGGUGCAAGUUGGGGUAAUGGACACCAUGAUCAUGUCAGAGGGCUCCAAGAAAGACCGUAUGUGGAAGACGGCUGAGAUCAACGUCCACUACACCGUCUACAUCUUCAACUUGACAAACCCAAGGCAGUUCAUGGCGGGGGAGCGACCCAGAGUUCAAGAGGUGGGACCCUAUGUGUACACUAUGAAGGAAGUGAAAGAAAACGUGGUGUAUCGGGACGAUGGCACGGUUGAGUACCAGGGUAGGCCCAUGUAUUACUUCCAAAAAGAUUUAUCAUCAGGGAGCGAGGAUGAUAUGAUUACCACUGUCAACAUACCCUUCGUUAAUGCUGCAGAUUUGGUGAAGGACGAGGAGGCAGUUAAGACCGUGCUAAAGAUGGUCAAAAAGAUGUAUGGAUUCAAUACUAUCAGAACACUUCGUGUAGGCGAGCUCUUGUGGGGUCAUAAGUCACGGGUGUUAGACUGGGCAAGGACCCUCCAGGAACUGCCUUACCCACACCAGCUGUUUGGCCUCCUGAUGGGGCUCAACAACACCCUUCAACCGCGAUACGUCAUGCACACCGGCAAGGGAGACUCGGCCAAAAUUAACAAAAUUUUAGCUUGGAAUGGACACGAGGUGCUCCACUUCUGGUACGGAGACGAGUGUAACAUGAUUCGGGGCACUGAUGCCAACGGGUUCCCUCCGGGGCUUUCCAAGAACGAAACACUGUACAUCUUCAACGGUCAGCUGUGUCGUUCGCUACCGCUAGUGUACAAUAGUACCGUCUCCCACGGUGGACUUGAGGCCUAUCGCUUCGUGCACCCGGAGGACAUGUUCACCUAUGGCCGUGCACACCCAGAGAACUCUUGCUUUUGCGGCAAGCAAGGGUGUCCCAUUAAUGGUGUGCUGGACAUGAAGCCGUGUUACUUCGGUGCGUCCGUUGCCUUCUCUUUCCCGCACUUCUACAAUGGCAACCCAAAGCUUCGUCACCUAGUACACGGGCUCAGACCGGACCCAGAGAAGCAUAGGACCGAAUUCGACAUCUAUCCAGACCUGGGCGUUCCUCUGCGGGUGAAGCUCCGGAUGCAGAUGAAUGUUAUGCUCGAUCGCAGCCAAGCUCUUGAACGAGCCCGCCACUUUGAUGUGGUCUUACCCAUAUUCUGGUUUGAAGUUGGAGUGGAUUCUUUGCCGGGAGAAGUGGUUGGAUUGCUCAAAUUGGCACAAAACCUGCCUCCUGUGGUGAAAACGACUAGUGUAACCUUGUGUACGGCGCUCACUCUCAUUUUCUUGAUACUGUUGUUGGCCCAGACGGUUGCUGCAUGGUGUGGCUGGGGAUCAGCAGGAUCAAGGAAACGUCCCCAUACCCCUGAUGACCUCCCACACCACACUCAUUUUCGUCCCACUUCUCCCCUGUGGGAAUAUGACGAACUGCAUAAACCACCUAGACGAGGGGAUUCAGUGGCAUCUUCAGCGAGCUACAAAGGUUCCCUAACGCUACCCCAACCCGGUGUUGAUAUGCCUAUUAUCGAUGACCACACCUUACUUCCACCGUAUCGCCGUUGUCACAAUCUAGAUAUCCCCGAUACUGUUGUACGACCAAACAGUGUAGCAAAUGAGAGCAUUGAUACUGAUCAAGUGCCUCCUCCCUAUAGUCCUGGGCCAGUACAACGUACACCAUCUAUGGUGUCUGUUGAAAUCCACAUAACAGCCUCCGAUGAUGAACUCCCAGACCUCCCCAGUAAUCCUGCUAAAAUGGACAUCCCCUUAGACCAAUGUCCACCUGCUUAUGAAGCGACAGCUCAGCUUCCACCAGUUGAGGAUGAGGUCGAAGUGGAAGAGUCGGAGAGAGCGACCCCAUCCACAUUACAACCCAUACCAGGCGAACCUGUUGUAGCUCCAUUGGCACGAGUGGAGGAAGAUAGUUUAGACAUGGAGGAGAAUUGUGAAUCCUCAUACCCAUCGUUACCACCUGAAUAUUCGCCUAGAUAUUCAAAAUCACCAGGAGGUUCACAUCAGUCCUCAAGAACUAUAACACCACUAGCCACAUCAAGUCCCCAAGGGUCAGAUGGUGUUAAUAAUAGUAAUUUGCCCCCACCUUUGGAAUCAGACUUAUGAGAAGACCUAGUUUUUAACAAAUAUUCCAUUAAUUUUAACUGCAGCUUUCUUUUAUUAUAGACUUGAAAGUUAUUGCAGGAAAAGGAAAAUGAACAGAUUCUCUUAAGUAGUGUUGAACGUACACAAAUGUUGGCAAGUGUUUUAGUUUCUGUAAUUGUGUCUACAUUUUUAAUGUUGUGAUUUGAUGUAUAAUAACAUCUGAUGUAUGUAAUCCAAAAAAGAAUUCAUUAAGGGUUAAUGUAGUCUGCUCACAGUUUCUAAGCUGUAAGGAGUGAACUUAGGUCACACGCAUCAUUCCUACCGUACGGGUUAUUCCUACCCAUCAUAGUGUGUAAACUGAAGUUAGGUGUAGCCUUCCGAGAUGCAGAUUUCAGUUCUCAGUUGAAGAUCUAGAUAUGCAAUGUAGAUUAUUUAAUACAAAUACAGUAUACUAAUAAGAAAGUGUGCAAUUCAGACUCUUAUGAUAAUUUAUUUUAUGAAUGAUUAAGAAAUAUUUUAUGUUGAUUGUGAUUUAUAAACAUAGAUUGUUAAUAAUAACUGUAACGUGUUUUAUUCAUUCAAGAUAUUAUUUUCCACCUAUCAAGGAGAACAUGCACAACUGUGCAUUAAUUAAAAGUUUACACAGGAAAGUUCUUAUUGAUACGAUAAACAAGAUUCAAAUUUGUUGACUUUGUAUGAUUUAAUUUGAUACAGAAAUGGUUUAGAUAUUUGCCAUUUAAUGUUUAUAUUCAGAUCAUUUUUAAGGCUUUUGUGUGUGUAGGGAAGAAUUAAGAACUCUCAUUGUUCAUAUUUGAAUAUUUUGUUCAACCAUUUCUUCUCUAUGUGCUUGCUAUGUUAUUAUUUUUAGUUUUAGUGUAAUGUAUUUAAUAAUAUUUAUUAAUGAUGGCUACGAUACACUGACGAAUAUGUGAUGAUUGCUUUUAUUGCUCAUGUUUCCAUAAAUAUGUUCCUUUGGCACCCAGUCAUGUCUUUCAUCUUAUAAUUAACAUUUGAACAUUCAUACUGUGACUCCCUGGUGAUGUGUUUUGACAAGAGAUGCUCUCUCUGCUAUUUCUUUGCAUUGCCAGCUAUGUAAGUGCGAGUUAAAAGAAUCUUGUUCACUUGAUAAUGAUAAGCAACGUAUGUUACAGCAAGUCACAGCAAUUGACUGGUCUGUGCUCAGUCACAGUUGGCAAAGUGUGCCUUGUAUCAACUAUAGGUUACUUGAGUUGCAUAGUGCCAAAGUCAAUACUGUCAGUUGGAACUUCUAAUUUAUUGACUUGUAUAACCAUUAUGGAUAAUUCAACCUUAAUGGUCAUUGUACCAAGAUAUUCCUUGUUUAUAUGAAAUGUGUUGUUUAUACAGUUCAGUACAGAUAAUAUUAUCAAAAUCAUGAAUAAAUUUAUUUUCAUUCUUGUAUAUUAGUUAUGAUGAUAAUCUUUGGUUUUUCAAAUACUGUAUACUGUACUUGGAAUUGGUGUUGUGUAAUAUAUAUAAUGUGUAUGUUAAUCACAAAGAAAUUAACACGUGAUGAACAAUGUAACAAAGUCAAACCACGAAGGAAGGAUUAAGACAGGAAUUUCCUUCCUGUUAAUUAAGGAAUUAACAGAAAUUAAGGAAAUUCCUAGGUAUAUAUAUAUACAUAUGAAAUAUAAAAAAAACUGCUCAUAUAAGAUUCAUGUUGCAGUCAGUCAUGAAAGAAAUCUGUAUGUAAAGUUUUAGAACUUAAUUGAAAUAGUGUUUCCUUUUUGUAUUUUUUUAGUGAAAAUGCGAAUUAAUGUAAAUAUAUUAUUGUCGGUGGUUAUAGUUUUUAAUGAAAUCCCGCUCAAAUGUACAAUGCCUGCAAUAUCAUAAAUGUAAGCGUCUCCUUCACAAAGAUUAAAUUGUAUUUUAUAAAUUGUUACAGUACUGUAUUUGCUUUUCUAUGGUGUAACAAGUAGCGACAGUAUUGGCUGGUCUCCAGAGUGAAGGGCGUAAUUUAUUUGUUCAUGCUGUAUCCAUAGCAUGUCUCUUCCCUUGUCUUUAGGAGUUAACCAGUUUAUGUUAUUAAACACAUUGUAAAAUACUUAAUAUUUAACCAAGUUAAGAGGGAUCCACUGUGUUCUAAAGUGUUUAAAUGUGUUGUUUUAUGGCAUUAAUUAAGUUAACUGAAGAGUAGCCUUUUACCAUUAUGUGCAUUAUGCUUGACUUCCGUUUAUUUUAGUCAUUUUGUAAAUGGUUACAGAACUUGUUUUGUAAUUAAUGCUCAACUCUGCCUAAGCUUUCUCAUUUGUAUUUGCUUGUGGCAGUCAUUCAUGCAGCAUUGCUGUUUUUUUGGAAAUCUCAUAUUAGUCAUGACAAGUUAUUUUAUUCAGGGGACAUAAUUUUUGCAUUUUCUUGUUACUGGUUGCAUUCUACUAUAAGGUAAGCCCACUGUGAACUAAGGUGGAACACUAGCAUCCAAAUAUUGUACUGAGACAAUAGUUUGUUGUUAUAACUUGGUUAAAACUGUACCUUUUCAAGUUGAUGACUAAUAAUGAGAAUUUUCUUGAACAAUGUGAUGUAAGAUUAAACCAAGGAACACAUAUCACGAGAUUUUGUUGCACAUUUCUUUCUUGUGCAUCAGAUCCUAACUUUAUUUCUUUUGUUCACACUUUUAUGGAAAAAAAUAUGUGCCUUUGUCCCAAAUAUUCAUCUUAAGAUUGUCAGUAAGAUAUAUUUUUGAUAACUGGUAUAGUGUGUAACAAAUUAACAAUGCAAUUUUUUCAAGCAAAUAAAGUCAACUUUGAUA